AUGAUGUCUUUUGCUUCAGUCUCGAGGUUUGGGUUCUUCGCAACUCUGUUGCUCGCAGUAGCUGAGCCGUUUGCUCAGGCACGCCGCUUAUCGGAGCUCCAGUUGAGGUUCUUGAACGGCUCAACACAGGUGAAGCCCUCGUAUGAUUAUGUGAUCGUCGGAGCAGGAACAGCCGGCUUGACAGUAGCAGAUCGUUUGACAGCAGAUGGGAAAACUACUGUCUUGGUCGUUGAAAAUGGCAAAGUAGUUGAUUCCCCUAGAAUCAACCAAGUUUUCUCUGGUACUGCUGCCAUGGGCCCGACUUGGUCGUAUCAGAUCAACUCUGUCCCUCAAGUUAACCUACAGAACCGAAGCACGGCUGUUAUAGCUGGAAACCUAGUUGGCGGCAGCUCGGCGAUUAAUGCAAUGAUGACUGUUCGAGGGACAUCUGAAGAUUAUGACCGAUGGGGUAGUUUCUUCAGUAAUAACUCUACUUGGUCUUGGGAUGGGCUUCUGCCUUACCUGAAGAAGGGUCUUACUUUUGUGCCCCCUGACCCUGCCGUGACGAAGUCCGUGAACCUCACGUUUGAUACAUCAUUCUGGGGUAACAGUUCCAACGUAUACGUAGGAUGGCCAUUCUUCCAGUGGCCUGGUUUAACUACGCAAAUAGAGGCCUUUAGAGACAUACCUGGUGUUGAGUUCCCCCCCGACAGUGGUGCAGGCAAGGCAGGUGUUUACUGGUUUCCGACUUUCAUGGACCCUAAAAAAGUUCAAAGGUCAUAUGCUAGGACUGGGCAUUACGAUGGGAUUAACAGAACAAAUUAUGAUGUUGUUACCCAGUCUCAUGUGACGAAAGUUCUUCUCGAAGAGGGAACUGCCACGGGAGUUAUUUUUCGACAAAAGAAUGGCAAUGCUACCACUUUCACCACAGUCAAGGCCAACCGUGAGGUUAUUCUUUCUGCAGGCGCAAUCCACUCUCCCCAACUAUUGCAGCGCAGUGGGAUCGGGCCUAGGAAGCUUCUGGAGUCAGCCGGCUUGAAUAUGACUGUUGACUUACCUGGCGUCGGCCAAAACUUCCAGGAUCACCCAAUGCUCCUCAUGAGCAUUGUCCUCCGGAACUUUACGACUCACCCAAGCCCAUUGGAUAUGUUUGGUGGAAACAAGAACUUCACUGACUGGGCACAGGAGCUCUGGAGAGCUAACAAGACGGGACCAUAUUCGAUGGGUAUUGGCAAUGCUGCAGCGUGGCUAGGCAUGCCUGUAAUUUCCCCUGAGAGGUUCGAAAGCAUAGCAUCUAAGCUGGAAAAUCAAGAUCAUGCUGCUCAGCUACCCCCGGAUACAGACCCAACAGUUGUUGCUGGGUAUAGCGCGCAAAUGAAGAAGAUGGCGGCGUCAAUCCGUUCCUCGAACACAGCUUUCUAUCGCGGUACAGUGAACAUCAACACCGCAGACCCAUUCAACACAGAACCCAUAGUUGACUACAGGGCCCUUACUAAUCCUGUCGAUCUCGAUAUCAUGAUCGAGAUGCUCCGGUUCACUAAGCGAUAUUUCUUCGAGACAAGACUAAAGGAGCUUUCCCCCAGGCAGGUACAGCCACCCGACUACGUUAACGAGCCCGAAGAUCUGGCCGGCUUUUUGGCGCAGAACCUUAGUCCUUCCGAGUUCCAUCCUUCGGGAACUUGCGCCAUGAUGCCAAGAGAACUUGGAGGCGUGGUUGAUGAGAGUCUGAAGGUGUACGGUGUGAAGAAUCUGAGAGUUGUCGAUGCUAGUAUUAUGCCUACAUUGCCUGGAGCCAACACUUGCCAGAGUGUCUAUGCCAUUGCUGAGAAGGCGGUCGAUCUCAUCAAGGCUGAUUCGUAA